CAGGCAGACUUUGUAGGGGGAGGAGGGACAGGAAAGGAAAAUGCCUUUCUCUGUGGGAGACAUUAGCCCUGUGAUCUCAUGAAUAUAUUACAGAGCAAUGAGGAAGGUGUAGUGAGCUGCCAAAGCACACACUGCAACAGCUUAUAUUCUAAUUGCUAGUUAGUUAUUUAAGUUUUUUUUAUAUUCUUAGUAAAUAAAAGUGAUGUAAAUUUAAACCCAGAAUAGUUGAUUAAUGAGCGUGUGUGGUAUGAAAAAGCUAUUAUCACCAGCCCAGCCACGCUCCAUUAAACGGUCAUCAAGCAGCCUUGCCUUGUUAGCUCCGACUGCGACACUACGGCUAAGCUAAAACUGUUUAGCCGAGCUAACACAACAAUUAAGCGUCUCCAUCGUCUGGCAGCUGGCGCGCACAUACAAGGGCUGCCACUUAAGGACAGUGGGGGCUCUCUAAUGAUCCGCCGUUCAUCCGAUGAACCCCCUUAACUCCAUGAAACCCUCCCUGCCUCCCACUCCACAAAGCAGUGACGGCCCCUUCCUAAAUGAGCCAGUCUCCUGGCAACCAGGCACCAAUCAGCACGCAGGAUCUCUGUCUGUAGUAACCACAGUGUGGGGUGUGACCAAUCCCACACACAGCCAGGUGUUUUGUGCACCCAUGGGCCCUGGUGAGAGCUCUGGCAGUCACAUGAUGCCCGGUGGCAGCCCUGGUAUGGCUGCCGGCAUGGGCUCCCAGUUCAUGGGCCAGCAGUCAUAUGGAGAUGCAGUCUCGAAAGGCUAUAGCCAACCAGUCAUGUACGGACGUCCCAGCGCUGCCUACAACCCAGCCUCCGCCUACGGUGGAAGUUACUCUGGUAAUAGCGGAGGUGCCGGCAUGGGCGUUCGGCCUCCCUCAGACUUCACUCAGGCUGCUGCCGCUGCUGUUGCUGCUGCCGCUGCCACAGCAACCGCCACUGCUACGGCAACUGUUGCAGCAAUACAGGAAAAACAGAACCAGGAGCUGAGCUAUGGCCAGAUGGGUGGAGCAACCUCUUACAGCACCCAGUUCCUGUCUCAUCCGGGUCCCCGUGGCCCUCCAGGGAUGAACCCUGGUGGGAUGGUCCCUUCAAGGCCUGGGCCACCUCCCUCUACUGCAGGCUUGUAUCCCUCUCACCCUGCGCAGACGCAGAGAAUGCCCCAGCACGGAGGCUAUCCAGGCGGACAGCAGGGCCUCAAACGGCCUUUCCAUUCCGAGGGUUUUCCGGGGCAGCAGUAUGGCUCUGGCGGGAUGUCAGGGUACCCCAAUCAGCCUUUGCAGUACCCCACUGGUCCACAGCAAAGAUGUGCCCCCUCGCCGUCUUACCCUUCCAGCCGGAUGCCUCAUAUGGGGCAGUACUCUUCUGGAUCACACAAUCCAGCACAGUUUCCUCCUGGAGCCGGACAGCCCAAUCCUCCACAGUAUUAUAAGGUGGAGCCUUUCAAUGGUCAGGGCAGCCUGCCAUCUGGAGGAACAGGAGGAUACAAUGCUUUCACACAGGCUGCAGUGAACGGGCCAGGUCGGGGGGGAGUGAUGCCCGGGUAUCCCAGCUCGCCAAUGGGAGGGAAUCCCACCCCUCCGAUGACACCUGGGACCUCCAUACCUCCCUACCUUUCCCCAGGCCAGGACACCAAACCCCCCUACCUCCCACCAGACACCAAACCCAACAUCAACGCCCAGCAGCCCUCAACAGGAAACCCCAGUGAUGACCUGCGUCUCACCUUCCCGGUGAGAGAUGGGGUCGUGUUGGAGCCGUUCAGGCUGGAGCACAACCUGGCUGUCAGUAAUCACGCCUUCCAGCUCCGAGACUCCGUCUACAAAACACUCAUGAUGAGACCGGAUCUGGAGCUGCAGUUUAAGUGUUACCACCACGAGGACAGACAGAUGAACACUAACUGGCCUGCCUCUGUGCAGGUCAGUGUAAAUGCAACUCCUUUGUCCAUUGAAAGAGGUGACAACAAAACCUCCCACAAGCCCUUGUACCUAAAGCAAGUGUGUCAACCAGGACGCAACACUGUGCAGAUCACCGUGACGGCAUGCUGCUGUUCCCACCUGUUUGUGUUGCAGCUGGUUCACCGACCGUCUGUCAGGUCUGUCCUGCAGGGACUCAUGAAGAAGAGGCUGCUGCCAGCAGAGCACUGCAUCACCAAGAUAAAGAGAAACUUCAGCAGCGGCACCAUCCCCGGGACCCCCGGUCUGAAUGGAGAGGACGGCGUGGAGCAGACAGCAAUCAAAGUUUCCCUCAAAUGCCCGAUCACAUUCAGGCGAAUCCAGCUACCAGCCAGAGGCCACGACUGCAGGCACAUACAGUGUUUUGACUUGGAAUCAUAUUUGCAACUCAACUGUGAGCGAGGGACCUGGAGAUGUCCUGUGUGCAAUAAAACGGCUUUGUUAGAGGGGCUAGAAGUCGACCAGUACAUGCUUGGGAUCCUCGUCUACAUCCAGAACUCUGACUAUGAGGAGAUCACCAUAGACCCGGUGUGUGGUUGGAGACCGGUGCCCAUUAAACCUGACCUCCACAUAAAGGAGGAGCCCGAUGGUCCAGUCCUCAAACGCUGCCGUACAGUCAGUCCGAGUCACAUGGUCCUGCCGAACGUGAUGGAGAUGAUUGCUGCUCUGGGCCCGGCAUCAUCCCCCUACCAGAGUCUGACCACAGGAGGCAGGAACACACCCGAUUACAGCCGGCCAGGGAGUCAGGGAUUCUCCAACCAAACUGGAUUCACAGACUUCCCCAACACUCCUGGAACCCCGACACUCGGAGAGUACGCUUCAUCCGGACCACCACCUCCACUCCCUUAUCAGCCCGACCAGACGGCUCACGCUGGGCGAAUCGAUCAUUCCCAUAACCUCCUCCAGCAGCACGCUUCAGGUGUCCAUGGCAACCAGAAUCUUGGUGAUGCCAGCAGCCCGCUGCCACAGCGGAGCGCCAAUACCCAGAAUUCUCGACUGCAGGGUGAUGGCUCCUUUGGUCUGGGUGGCGCUGGAGCUCCUGGAGGAGAUGGAGCUGAUCACGCACUAGAUGUCCAGUGCCAAGCGAUCGCUCCAAGUCAGUCAGACAGACGAGAUGAGACGAAAAUGCAGCAAGCAGAAGACAUGAGGGUGUGGGGGAGGAACAGAGAUAGCUACGGAGCGAGGAAGAGUGCGACCGCCUUCUACGAGAGCUGAGAGCACUGAUUAAUUACACUUCUUCCCGAGCUGACCAAUCCAGACGAGCUGCUGUCCUACUUGGGUCCCCCAGACCUCCCUAACAACAGCAGCGACGACCUGCUGUCUCUGUUCGAGAACAACUGAUAUGACGUUCAUGUCCACGCCGGUCAGCCUCCAGUCCAACCUCUACUUCUAUCUGCCGUCUGAAGGCAGCACCGGCUCUGUUUGCACCCACUACCUGUGUCUAUGUGUGUGAGAGCAGUGUGUGAGUGUGUGCCCGUCAGUGUGUGUAUAAGAGCAGUGUGUGUGUGAGUGUGUGUGUGGUGGUGUUUUUGCGUAUCGUUUCUGUUCCUUUCUGAAGUGUCCUGCUGUACUCUGAAGUCGUCUCAGUACAGUGUGGAUGUAGGACUGAACACUGAGUAUGAAGAAUAGAACCGUACUCAGGCUCCGACUGCAGACCAGCAUUUUAAACUACAACACAAACCACAGGCUGGAGAAUUUCUAUUUAUAGGUUUUAUAAGUGGAGGAUAAUGGGAGUUAAUGGACACAUUAAUACGGCAGUUCCUAAAGUCUGAAAACUGGGCUCUUACAUGCUCCCAAUGUUAACAAACACUUUUUCUGCUGUGGAUCGUCUACAUGUCACAACAUUGUCUGAGGUUUUACUGCAACUUAUCUUUCCAAAUUUAUACUGUAAAUCCAGAUGUUGUUCAGACUCACUAAAAGUAAAAAUUGUUGCACAGAUCCAAAAGUUUCCCUAGACACCAAAAGUGUCCAGCUGAAUGUUGGCUAAAUUUCUAUGACACUAGAAGGACAUUCUGACAGUGAAGACCUCCACUUUCCUGUGGUAUGCAACCCAAACCAAUUCCACACUAAAAUUUAACAGGUUCUUCCUUUGCCAGACACAAACUUUUCAUUCCAGAGCCUCUUACCUGGCCCCUUUUUGCCUUAAAAUGGGCAUUCCAAGUGAUUUCAUAAUAAAAAACACACACCCAUAUAUACUCCUUAUUGAUACAAGUUAUUUUAUAUAAUUGUGUCCAACUUCAGGAAAGAACAGCAGAGGCACAGCAAAUAAUUAAUGAAGCAGUUGUUGAUGCUGGUAUCAAGUAUCUUAAUCCCAAUCCCAUGAUCUAAUUUAGCAGCAGUGAUUCAUCGAUCGAUCCGGCUGCAUAUCUGCGUUGCAAGAAUUUUUCAGAGCAGCACACAGCAAUACUUUAAAGACUGGAAAAAGCCAGGCAUAAAUACGUCUACCUGGUAGUCCUUUCCCAAAUAUCGCCGACGUUUGGGAACCGUUGUAAUAUUCUAUAUUAUUCUUAUUGUCAAGAUCACAUGAAAGCACUGAAACCAACUCUACGUUAUUCCAUCUCUCAAUACUUUGAUUUCACUGGGUUCCUAAAAAAGAUAUUCAAAGUCAAAUUCAUUUUUAUAAUAAUUUCGAGAAACAAUUGCAGAUUUCUUGAAGGUGACUGAGGAUUCUUUGUAUGAGUCUCAUUUACCAAAAACUGUUGAAUGUCACCUAUUCAUGACUUUGAAACCUUUACCAAAGAAUGCAAUCAAGAUUUUCAGACCAUAAAUCAUCAAGUCCUACUUUCAAAAACCAAAAAGUAACAGUUAGCAGCACCACAAACUGUAUUAGAGGACCUGAAAACACCUAUACACUACCGUUCAAAAAUUUGGGGUCACCCAGACAAUGUCAUGUUUUCCAUGAAGACUCAUACUUUUAUUCAUGUGUUAACAUAAUUGCACAAGGGUUUUCUAAUCAUCAAUUAGCCUUUCAACACCAUUAGCUAACACAAUGUAGCAUUAGAACACAGGAGUGAUGGUUGCUGGAAAUGGGCCUCUGUACCUCUAUGUAGAUAUUCUAUUAAAAAUCAGCCGUUUACAGCUAGAAUAGUCAUUUACCACAUUAACAAUGCCUAGACUGGAUUUCUGAUUCAUUUAAUGUUAUCUUCAUUGAAAAAAAUGCUUUUCUUUCAAAAAUACAGACAUUUCUAUGUGACCCCAAACUUUUGAACAGUUGUGUACAUCCUGCCUAAACAUGCUGUGAUCGUUUACCAGGGUCACUGUAAGUAAUCACGGUGGAUUUUAUCUUUUAUUUUUGUAUAGUUUAUCAUGAUGACCAAGUCUCCCAGAGAGUCAUGAUUUAAAUCUCGAAGGACUUUGUGGUUCAGAGUCUAAAUAAAGAAUGAACUAAAAUCAAACCAAACUAAGAGCCACUGGGGAGGAGGUAAAAUAAUGAUGAAAUAAACAAAGCCACUUUGCUUCAUUUUGCAAGUUUAGAUAAACAUUAUCGCUCCAUAGAUGCUGCCAGUUAAUUAAGUAGUUAAUACUUUCUCAUUUCAUUAGGUCAACCACUGUAGCUAUCCUUAUUUUAUUUUUAUUUUUUUUUUACUUGUGAUGACCCUGAUACACCUUCCUGAAGUACCUGCCAAAGUGAAUAUUGAAACAAAUAAGUUGCUUUGCUCAAAUAGGUUCAUAAAAUAUAAUCUGUUAAUUAUUAUGUUCAAAUUCAUUCUACAAAUAACAAUCUGUUGAUACAAGCAGUUCCUGCAUGUGGCCCAGUAUGUAACAGCAGUGUUGGAUUUGCUCAUAAACCCAAUAAAAACAGGAAAAAAUAUUUAAACUUAUUAUGUAAUAACAAAAUUAUUUACAAUUUAAAAAUAAUAAUUACAUCAUCUAAAUAAGAAUAAAUACAAUAAAUAUUUGUUCAAAAAUAAUAUUUGUUCAAAAACUUGAAUUUAGUGAAUGACCGUAUCAAGGGAGAAACUAAAUGUAUUCAGAUUUUAAAAAUGCAAUUGUAAUUUUAACAGAUUAGUUAGUUUUUUCUAAAAUGUUGAAAUCUGUGAAUUCUAAAAAUCACUUGAGAAGCAAUCUGUUUAUACAAAUGUGUGCAGGGUUGUUGAUUUUGGUCAUAAACCCAAUAAAAUGUAAGAAAAAACAAAUAUAAAAUAUUAAUAAGAAUUAUUUUACAAAUUAUUAUGACUUGGUCAACUAAUUCUAAUUCUGUUUUAUUACUGUGUUAUGCUCAAAAUUUAAUUCAGAUUUUCAAAAUUUAAAUUUCAGGUGUAGUCACUGCUGACUGCUACAAAUAAAAACUGCUACCAAAAUUUUUUUUGUUUGGUCCUAUCACCAAAUUUAAAAAAUGUAAUUACUUGUAAUAUAAUACACCUCUCAAUAAUUAUUGAAAUUAUCCAAAUAAAUACCAAAAUAUUAACAAAAAACACUGGUCAAUAAAAUCUCUUUAAUUAUGAUAUCAUUCAGGUUAAGAUGCUGUGAUUUCAGGUGAAAUGAUUGUUUUUAACCUUGUGUAAAUUGAUGAAUGCUGCAAAUAACUUGAGAACUAAGUGAUUCUUGCAUGAGGCCCAGAAUUGUUGGUUUUGGUCAUUUUAUGUGAAUUAUUAGCAAUAACAACAUAUAGAAUAGUAAGCGUUUCAUUUUAAACCUAGUGAAGAUGGCAUGAGAUGAACAGGAUCUAAGCAUGAAGUGAUCAUUGAGUAAAUGCGAGAAAAUACAGCCAACAUGUACAGAAGACAUUUAGAAUACGUGAAGCUGGGAGAACGCCGAGGUUCAUUGUGGCUCCGACUUCCUUCGGCACUGUGAAAUAUGAAUAUAACCCCCCACCACCACCACCACCACUGUUCCCUCUGUCAGUUCACCCUCUCUGGGGGGGUUUCAAGCUAUGUCUCGUGGCAUUUUCUGCCAUCUGAAAGCCGUUUGUAUGUUUUUAAAUGGUUUGACAUGUAUAACCCAUCAUGACGCGGGUUUGUGUCCUGUAUAAUCAGCUGUUUUCAUUAGAGAACGUGUGUGUACCAAAUGAAUUGUUAAUCAUGGUAAUUUUAAUGUUAUUAGUUGGAUAAUCGAUCAUUGUUGGCACUGUAUACAUACUGUAUGUUAGAAAACUAUAAAGCAACUGUAAAAAUGUCGCAGUCAUACAUACAUUCGUGAUGCAUGUAUGACAGAAAACUUGCAGUCAGCUGACAUCGAGUUCAUGCAGUUACAGAGGUUGAAAUUAUUCUUAAUACCACUUUUUAAAGCUGACGUUUUUCUAUGAAGGAUUUUCCGACUGGUCUGACAAGGCAGCAAUGAUUAAUGUUCUUUGCGAAUUUGAGCAACACAAUAAUGCUAUAUUUGGAAAAUAUGGACUAUUUAACUGCAAAUUUGCUAGAAAAAAAUGUUUUUUAAUAUGUAAACUAUUCCACAUAUUUUGUAACACAUUGUAAUUGCCAUUAUUUUCUAUUUAUUUUUUAAUCAUAAUCAUCAUUGUACCUACAGUUAUUUUGUCCCCCUCCUCAAACUCAGAAUCAAAAUUAAAAAUCACUUUAUUUGACAAAAAUGGUUUGUUU